AUGGCAACAUCCCAUCAUCAGCACCACCAACAAACCUUUGUCGGCGGCAACGGCGGCGGCGGCGACGCGCCACCUCCUCAACAACAACAAAAAGAAUUUGAGACCAGACGUGCUUUACUGGUAAAUGAUAUAGGAGAGUCCCUCGAACAAGUCCUCACGCACAUCAACGCUCUGAAUCGAAGUUUGGAAGGGAUCAUUGAAAUUGGAAAUGAAUUUUCUUCCGUCGAGGCACUUUGGAGUCAAUUCGAAACCGUCAUGGGAAGAGGAGACGAGGACGAGUCCACCAACCAACAGAAUAGGACCGAUCGAGACGACGAAACCAUCGACGAGAGUAGUACAUAG